AUGAGCGCGAGGUACCCCGGAAACGCGGCAGCGGCCAACGGUUUCGGCCGCCGCUCGCUGCAUGAGUGGGAGGCCUACCUCCUCCACGAGACCAACUACCCCGCGCCGCCCGACGUACGCGCUCCGUCGCGGUGGAGGCUCGGCGUCGGCGGGGUCCCUGUCCCUCCUCUGCCGGUCCUCGAGACGCCCGCCUAUUUCCACGCCGAGAUCGAGCGUGCGCGGGCGUCCCUGGCGGUCGCGGAGCGGGCGCUCCCGGAUUACGCCACCGGCAACCACGCGGUGUGGGCGGCGUACUUCAAACGCCGGCAGGAGGAGCGGCUCACCUCCACCAACAACGCGCCGACGCCGCGCGUCCGCAAUAACAGCGAGGGCCGCCGCCUGUGGUGGGGCGUCCCGGGCCGCACGCUCAGCGGCGUCCUCGCGCACUCGCCACCACCCCGGUGCCCCCGCCGCCGCCCUUCCGCCGGUGCCACCUCGCCAGAAGCAUUGGCCUCCUCCCGAAGCCCCCCCCCUCACCGCGACGCCUUGGACGCCACUGCCUCGCCCCGAUCUGGUGCCGCGCCUCCCCGAACGCCGCCACCUCACAGCGCCGUCGCCGUCCCCGCCAUCGACCACCGCCGUCCCGAGCUCUGGUGCCUCCCCGAGCUCACUUUAGCACCUCUACAGGGCCUCGUGAGCACGCUCCCCUCUCCCGCCUUCCCGCUCCUCUCCCUUGGCCUGCGCGCCCCGCGUCGCCAUUGCCUGCUCGCAGCACACGGCCUCCCGAAUGAGCGCGUGGUUGUGCCCUGCCUGGCACGCCCAGCGCCCGACCACCGCGCCCCACAGCUUCGUCUGGCCAGCCUCGCCUCGCUGUGUCGCCCUCCCGAGUCUUGUCCCUGCCGUCGCCACACUCAAAUCCCCAUCGGGAUCUCACCCGAGCCAACCACCCACACCCCAGAUCCCCUCCUCUCGAUCCAGAGCAUCAGCGGCAAUCCCGAGCGCCAAGCCCCUCCAGGAUGGAUCGGGAGCAGUGCUGCCUUUUGCUCGUCGCCGGUGGCCUCAACCACCAGGACACCACUGCCAGAGCACCAGCAGGACCGCCGCGUCCCUCCCCUGUUCCCUGCUCGUCCUUCUCUUUCCCCUGCCUCUCCCUCAUGUUUUCUCUCACUCACAGGAACGCCAUGGUCGGCCCUCGCCCUCGAGCUCCAACGGGAUCCAUGCCCCUGGAUCCCCUGCUUCGACCACCUCCUGGAGCCCGACCAUGCGCGCCCUCAAGCCCCUGCCACGGGCACCCACGCAGGCAGCCGCAGUUCCCGCAUCUCCGGCGAGUCGGCGACCACAAGAGACAUCCAUGGCCGCCCCUUGGUGCUUCGCAUCGCGCCCGACCAUCAUCCCCAAUGCCGGCGAGUUCCUGUUGCAUCAUCGUCGCCCGUACGGGACCUCGUCUGCCUCCCCUGCCUCACGCCUCGUCGCCGGGAGUUCUCGCCAAGUCCGACUUCCAUCGGCCACAGUCCAGCCACUCCCAGUCCACAUGGCCCCCGUCCGCACCAUCCCAAGCCGGACCUCGCCGAAAGCAGCAGCAUCGCCUCCCUGACCUUCGGACUGGCUGGAUCCGCCGCGCCCACGUGGACCUUGCCCUUGCCCGGACCCGCCGCCUGCAGGCCUCUUCUCGACCGGGUCCGCUGCUACCGCUGUUUCCCCGUCGAACGAGCAAGCACGAACCCCAGCGCCAAGUCCACCGCGAUUCCCUGCGUGUUGACCACGCCCCUGCAUCGUCCCCUGUGCCUGGGCCAUGAGGGCGCCAUGGCCCAGCAACAUCUUCUCAUCACCAGAACCGGCCCAGCCGCUUCUCCACUUUCGGCCCAAUGGCCCGAUGUGAGCAUAGCCCGGUCCCUCCGGUAUUUUGUGCAUGUGCGUCUGAUAGCUAUGUUGCGCCUAUUGCCUUACUGGGCCUCUCCUUAGAUUCAGCAUGGUAUAUUUUUUCCUGUUCUGCGAAUUUGUCUUUUUAUCCAGUGAGCUGCAGUUUUGCAGAUUAGUCCCUCUAGAUCAUGCAUUUAAUAUCUCCACAACCGUGCAUCGGAUUAAAACAAAUUAUAUAUGAAAGUUGGUUAGA